UGCACCACCGCCCUCAGGCACCCGCCUGGCCCACACCACUGUGACCCGAUCAAGUCUUCAGAGAGUGAGCAAAAAAGAGGACUACUCAAAGAACUUUGAGAACAAGUUUUUCUGCAUUUGAUUUCUUUAUCGAUCUACUUAUUUGGUGAAAUGGCAUGCAGAACUUGCCUAUGGCUACUAGGGACAACAUUUUUUACUUGCACAGUCCGCCUGGUUGUUGAGGGUACAGAGGUGGGAGCAACCCAGGAGUCGCACCCGGAGCCAGGGGUGGUGGGAUCAAACCACAGCCAGGCUGGAGGGGGCCAUGGGUCCAGCAUCUCAGGGAUACAAAUCGUGACCUUUAAGUGGCACCAUGUGGAAGCCCCCUAUCUCAUCGCCUUAUGGAUACUUGUGGCUGGGGUAUCCAAGAUGGUGGUCGAGCUGAACCACAGCCUGACCAGUGUGAUCCCGGAGAGCGCCCUCCUCAUCAUCAUCGGUUGGAUCCUGGGCGGCAUCAUCUACGGGGCAGACAAGAUGCAGACCUUCACCCUGACACCCACCGUCUUCUUCUUCUACCUGCUGCCCCAAGUCAUCCUGGAUGCAGGCUACUUCAUGCCCAACAAGCUGUUCUUCAGCAACAUGGGCGCCAUCCUGGUUUACGCUGUGAUUGGCACCUGCUGGAACGCUGCCACUGUGGGUCUCGGCCUCUGGGGGUGCUGGUUGGGCGGGGCCAUGGGUGAUAUCGACAUUGGUCUCCUUCAGUUCCUGUUGUUUGGGAGUCUAAUUGCUGCUGUGGACCCCGUGGCUGUAAUUGCCGUGUUUGAGGAGGUCCAUGUCAACGAGGUCCUGUUCAUCAUGGUGUUUGGGGAGUCCCUCCUCAACGAUGGUGUCACAGUGGUGCUGUUCAAUGUGUUUGAUGCAUUCGUGUCGCUGGGAGGGGCAGAAAUUGAUGCUGUAGAGAUCAUUAAAGGCAUAAUCUCGUUCUUCGUGGUGGCAUUCGGAGGCUCCCUGGUUGGUAUUAUCUUUGCUCUGCUGAUCUCGCUCCUGACCAGAUGCACAAAGAACAUCCAGAUCAUCGAGCCAGGCUUCAUCUUCAUCCUGGGCUACCUCUCCUACCUGACAGCUGAGAUGCUCUCGCUAUCCGCUAUCCUGUCGAUCGUGUUUUGUGGCAUCUGCUGUCAGAAGUAUAUCAAUGCCAACAUGGAUGAGAGGUCGGUCACCACAGUACGAUACGUCAUGAAGGUGUUAGCCAAUGGCUCAGAGACCAUCAUCUUUGUCUUCCUCGGCAUCUCGGCCAUAGAUCCAGCUGUAUGGGUUUGGAACACAGGCUUCAUCCUCCUCACACUCCUCUUCAUCUUUGUGUUCAGGUUCAUAGGGGUCUUUCUCCUUACCUGGAUUUUGAACAAGUACCGACUGGUUCCCUUGGAGUUCAUUGAUCAGGUGGUGAUGAGCUACGGUGGCCUGCGAGGGGCAGUUGCCUAUGGCCUUGUGGCCAUGCUGGAUGAGAAUAAGUUCAAAGAGAAGAAUUUGAUGGUCAGCACCACCCUCAUAGUGGUGUACUUCACUGUCAUGCUGCAGGGAAUAACCAUGAAACCACUGGUCACCUGGCUGAAAGUGAAGAGAGCAGCUGUGACAGAACUCACACUAGCUGAAAAAAUACAGAAUAGGACCUUUGACCACAUGCUUGUCGCCAUAGAGGACAUUUCUGGACAAAUAGGACAUAACUACAUGAGAGACAAGUGGCAUAACUUUGAGGAGAGGUGGUUGUGCUGGUUCUUGAUGAAGCCCUCUGCCAGGAAAUCCCGUGACUACAUAUUCAACAUCUUCCACCAGCUCAACCUGAAGGAUGCCAUGAGCUAUGUAAAGGAGGGAGAACGCAGAGGCUCAUUGGCGUUCGUUCGGAAUGAGACCAAGGCCGAUGUGGAUUUCAAUAAGAAGUUUCGUGCCAGUUUCUCUGAGAUUAUGCCUGACAUCAUGGCAGAUAAUAUGGGACCGGAUCAUGUUCCACUCUCCUCUAUCUUACAGGACAUUGUACCCUCUGUCUGCCUAGACAUGCAUGAGCAGGACCUGACAAUGAGGGAGUCAGAGGACUUUAAUGCACACCAUCUACUGCAGCAGCACUUGUACAGAGGCAGGAAACAGCACAGACACAGGUACAGUCGGAGCCACCUCGAAACCAACAGGGAUGAGAAUGAGGUGCAAGAGAUCUUCCAGAGAACAAUGAGAAGCCGUCUAGAGUCAUUCAAGUCAGCCAAAAUGGGUGUCGCCCCUGCCAAGAAGAUCCAAACCAAGCAUCAAAAGAAAGAUAAACCACAAAAGAUGCCAAAUGGAAACUCCUCGGAUAAAAGUAAAAACCAUCCUUAUGGGGAUAAAGAUUUUGAGUUUUCUGAAGGAGACGGUGGCUCUGGUGGCGAGGCUGCUGGCGAUUUAUUCCCCAUGAGGGCCUAUAGAGUAGAAGCUGGAAUAGUGAACCCAGCCUUCAUGGCAGAGAUGGACCCCAUGGACAACAUGCAACAGAUCCCACAUGUAGCACUUCUUCCACAAACUUUGAACUCCUUUGACACCUAACCCUGGGUCCUGGUCGUGACCCCAGUUGCCAAAGAAUCAAACAUUGCACCUGCUCUUUGACAAAACAUUUACUAGGGCAUGUUUUCUUUGCUGUGCAGUUGUUUAAUCAUAGUUCUGUAUCCCCAGACAAAACAUUCCAGGUCCAGUAACCCUUGUGCUCUCCAAAAAAGGCUUUCAGUCUUGACUGAGCUCUUCCCUCUUCUUAGUGUGUUUGGUUGUAGGUUAGGUUUUUUAAAGUAAAGGGAACUGUGCUGUAUAUAACUCCAUCGUAACACAUGAAGAUCAUCAUGAGUCCAACACCAAAUAAGAAUGUUGGACAUUUGACCUUGCCAUCCAAAUCCAUGGUAAAUUCUGACCCGGUUUACCUGGCAAAACCAAUCCCUCAAACAAUCCAGGAUUUGCCUGGCUUGCUCACAUCCCAUGUAGGGUGACAGUAAAAGAAAGUUCAGUCACACUUUAUUUGGAUAGUCCCAUAUAGAUAAUCUACGGCUGGUCAUAUUAUUUACAUUUUAGUCAUUUAGCAGACGCUCUUAUCCAGAGCAAGUUACAGAGUUACAGUGCAUUCAUCUUCAAAACGCUAGGAGGGGCAAGCACAUAUCACAGGCAUAGCAAGUACAUUUUUACUCAGUAAAGUAGGGUGGGUGUCAGAAGGGGGGGAAGGAGAAAAGUAUCUAAGUGCCAUCCGCAUAGCAAUGAUAGGAGAGACCAUGUGAGGAUAUGAAGGAGCUCCUCCUGACCGGCUUAGCUGUCCACAGCCCUGUUCUGUAAACUUGCAAUGAUUCACUCAGCCACGGAGCAGGAGGGGCUGGGAGGAAAGGGGACAGUGCGAGUCAUAAGAUGCGGAAAGGGAGGAGGGUAGGGCCGACGAGGCAGAAUCAGGAGACAGGAGAGAGAAGGAUUUAGCAGAAGGGAGAGAUGGUAGAAUAGAAGAGGAGAGAGAGCGAAGACCAUGACCAUUUGGGUAGGGGCUGAAUGGCUAGGUUUGGAGAAGAGUGGUGAGACAGAAAAGGAAACAAAGAAGUGAUCAGAUACCUG